AAACUGCCCGUCGCUGUCUUAGGAGGAAUACGGCAGGGCUGCGCGCAGCUUGUAAUUGGAAGCCUUCUCCCGUGAUGAAUGAACGGUGCUAACGGAGCCGGCUAUAAAACUGAAGGAAGGUCCCUCGCUUACUUCAUUUGCAGCCGGACCAGGUGCGGAGAGCAUUUCACCCCCUCCAGAAACAUCGCAGCCCUUGUCUCCGCCGGAGUUUUCAACUUACAGGUGUCAGGACUUGCCAACUCCUCUCCUGGAAAGGGGAGCUGCGGAAGUGAGAAAAUGUGGUUACUGGAGAAAAUCCGCGGCUCGGUGGAGAACGGUGGCUCCCGGGGGAACGGCGACUCCGGCGAUAAGCAGUCCAAAGGGCCUCUGUACAGCAACGUCCUGACGCCGGACAAGAUCCCGGAUUUCUUCAUCCCGCCCAAGCUCCCGAUGGUGCCCCCGGAAGCAGAGGGGGCAGAAGGAAAGGCAAAGCCCAAUCUGGGCACGUCGGCCUCGGAGCAGAACCUCUCGGCCCGCAAGCCGCAGCGCAGCCCGCGCUUGCCAGCCAAAGCCGCAUCGGAGAGCAAGAAUCUCCUGAAGGCCGCCAGCCGCCACAUCAUCCAGAUCGAGAGUGCCGACGAAUGGGCGUCGGAGGAGGACUUCAGCACCAACGCGGACCCCCAGUCGCAGACAGCCAUGUCCCUGCCGUACGUGCCCAAGGCGCAGACAUCGUACGGCUUCGCCACGCUCAUGGAGAGCCCGCACACUCGCCGCAAGGAGUCCCUCUUUCACAGCGAGCACACCAGCCUGUGCCCGUCGCAGUCGACCUCUCCCAGCUCCCAGCGGAGGUCUCCUUCGGGAGGGAGCAAGACCAACGGCGAAGGCGGCCACCUCAACCCUUCGGACAUCAGCAUGUCCCUCAUGAACCCCUACCGCUACUUCAGCGGCGGCGAAAGCGACACAUGCUCCUCGGCCGAAUCAUCCCCGUUCGGCUCCCCCUUGCUCUCGCGCUCGGUGUCGCUCCUGAAGAUCUUCAGCCAGGAGAGCCAGUCCAAAGUCAUCAAGCUAAAGCACUCGGUGGCGCGCAACAGCUCCCUCUCCACCGACGACAGCUCGGCCGACACCAGCCCCAGCUCGCAGCGGCGUCAGCGGUGCGCCACCCCUCCCGUGGGGGCAGCCGGCGUGGCACAACAGCCGGCGGCGCCGGCAGACCAGCCAGAGCGACUUCACAAGGAGCACAUCAUUCCCCUGAGCAAAGGGGGCAGCAUGCGGCUGGCGGCCGAAUACAACCCUUCGAGUGCGCGCCUUCGGGUGCGCGUCAUCACGGCGGAAGACCUCUACGACAAGCACUGCGACGCGCGGAGCAUCAAUUGCUGCGUGGCCCUCUAUCUGAACCCCGGGAAGUUGCAGAAGCAGCGCAGCACCAUCAUCAAGAACAGCCGCUACCCCGUCUUCAAUGAAGAUUUCUUCUUCGACGGGCUGGGGGCCGGCAACGCCAAGAAACUAUCACUCAAGGUCAAGGUGCUCAACAAGGGAGGCAGCCUCAAGAGAGACACCCUGAUGGGGGAGAAGGAGCUCCCCUUAACGUCUUUGCUCCCAUUUUUAUAAAACGACCUUGGUCAUGCCUCCCGCUUGCAUCCAUCCUGUCCGGAACGGCUCGUUCCUCCACCCUGUAAAUACAAGGAAGUUGGAGGGGGAGGCUGACACAAGAUGGUGAUGGCUACUCAGUGUGUCCCCCACCCCCGAAAAAUGCUUGCUGCAUGUUUUAGGGCAGGGAGGGAGGGGGGAGUAAGCAUGUAAUCUCGCCGGCUACUGAUGCGAUCCCUUUCCUUGCGAGAUUGAAAAUAUAAUUGCCUGUCCGGGGUGGACGAGAUUUUGCCCUGUGCACAGUGAAGCGUUCUGAGUUUAUCAAAGAGAUGAGCUCAUUGCGGGAAGAUAAGGGGGGUGACUAUAGGGCUGUUGUAAGUCUGGGAAGGGAUCCUCAGAACGGAUUUUUGCUGCGGCAUGUUGAUGCAUGAGCGCAACGGGCUUUUUGCUCUGCUUCCUUCUCCCUGUUGUACCUGGACCCUGUUAAACUGCAUGCAGUAUAGCAAACUGGCGAUCCCCAUCAGCCAUCAGCUGUGCUCGACCGACGUUGUCUGAGCAAAGGUGGCCAACAGACAGGAAUUAAUCCAGUGGGAGACAGCGUGAACCAGGGGUCACCAACUUUAUGGGAUCUGUGGGUGCGUUUAGAAACCCGGAGAAAUGGUUGUGGACACACGACCUGUUCUGUUGGGUACGACGGAACGCUUAUAUCAGGAGCUAAUUUUGGGUGGCGGUUAGGGGAAGAGACUUUCCUGCGGGUUUCCUGUGUUGCCACAGUUGCUGUGCUGGUGACCCUCAGUGUAAAUAACCCAGUUGCCUUAUGGGAAAGGGGACAGGGGAAAUGACCCUCAUUAUCCGAACAUCCUUGCCUUAACAACCUUUUGCAAAUGAUGGAUUUGCACCUGGGAGCUGGGGGUGGCUCGUUCUUUUGCAAGGAGGUACCCUAGCAAGGAUGGGACACGGGUGGCGCUGUGGGUUAAACCACAGAGCCUAGGACUUGCUGAUCAGAAGGUCAGCGGUUCGAAUUCCCGUGACGGGGUGAGCUCCCGUUGCUCGGUCCCUGCUCCUGCCCACCUAGCAGUUCGAAAGCACAUCAAAGUGCAAGUAGAUAAAUAGGUACCGCUCCGGCAGGAAGGUAAACGGCGCUGCUCUGGUUCGCCAGAAGCGGCUUAGUCCUGCUGGCCACAUGACCCGGAAGCUGUACGCCGGCUCCUUCGGCCAGUAAAGCGAGAUGAGCGCCGCAACCCCAGAGUCGUCCGCGACUGGACCUAACGGUCAGGGGUCCCUUUACCUUUACCCUAGCAAGGAGCUAUGGGCAGCGGGGAGACCCAUAAGAACCCCCCCUUUCCAAAGCUGUAAAGCUGCUGUCAUGAAGGCCAGCACCAGAUGUUUUGCAGAACUGGAGGUUUCUGCAUCUUUCUAUCUUCUUUUCUUAUUGGGAAAACAACAGGCAGAGCUACUCCCGGGGCAUGACGAUUCCGCCAUGGGGAGUUUGUGGCUUUGCGGGGUCUGCAAAGGGCCUCUGAUAUGCUGCCCAAAUAGGUAACUCCCCCCCCCUUUCUCUGAAAGCAGGGAAGCCCCCUUAAAUUGCCUUACACUGCUCUGGUCCAUAUCUGGUCCAGGGUUUUCGGUCGGAGCAGGGUCUUCCUCAUUUCUCCUGAUGUUUUUGUUCCUUCUGACUGGAGAUAGGGAUUAGAACUGGGACCUUGUACAGGCAAAAACAUAGUGCUCUACCGCUGCGUUACAGUCCUCUUCCUUAGGAAGUGGAUAUCUCAGCACUGAUCCAAACCUCCCAUAUGGCAGGCAAGGAGAUAACCGGCGGCACCAGGAUUCGAAUCUGGGACUGCUUGCAUGCAACGCAUAUGCUCUGUGGCUGAGCUAUAGUUCUUUUCACACUUGGGGUACCAGAUUCCAAUCACCCACCAUAAUCCCCUCUUUCCCUUCCUUCUACUUUUUGGGAAUUCUUGUGUUGGCUUUGAAAUGCUCCGUCAGGGUUCCCUUCCCUCUGCACUGCCCAUUUCUCACUUCCCCAGAACCGACACAGUGCCCCCACUUUUGCACAAAAGAAAUGCACUUUUAAACGUCUCUAUUUGGUGAUGGCUAAGGAAGCUGGAGGGACGCGGGUGGCGCU